GUAUUUUUCGUAUUUUAUCUCGGAGAAAAAAUAUUUUCUCAUGUAACUUUUUUUAAUGUAUUCCUUGUAUAAUUAGAAUUUGACAUAGAGUGUAUAUAUAUGUAUAUAAUGAAUAUAUAUGGAGUCGUGUUCUGAUCAAAGUUUCAAAGUUCGUUUUAAUUUGUUGUACGCGCUUCAUAAAACAAGUUCUACAAUUUUUCUACAAGUUUAAUGUCAAUAUAAACAACAAUGGCGAUGUUGUGCUCGAGAUUACUUGCAAAUGUCAAUAAUGUGUCUAGAGGUACUGCCAGCCGUCACAUUGCCUCACUUUCUAUGUUGCCAGAUACGUAUCAGAUGUUAUACAAAACAUGCAGAGACUUUGCCGAAAAUGAAUUGAAACCCAUUGCAGCAGAGGUUGAUAAGAAACAUCUCUUUCCAAAAGAACAGAUCAAGAAAAUGGGUGAACUGGGUCUCAUGAGUUUGUGCAUUCCCGAAGCAUUAGGUGGCACAGGACUAGAUACCCUGGCCUAUGCUAUAGCCAUGGAGGAAAUUUCAAGAGGUUGCGCAUCUGCUGGAGUUAUAAUGAGCGUAAACAAUUCUCUCUAUCUAGGUCCUAUAGACUAUUUCGGGACUGACAAGCAGAAAGAAAAGUACAUUACCCCCUUUGUGACUGGAGAAAAGAUUGGUUGCUUUGCGCUGAGCGAACCAGGCAAUGGAUCCGAUGCUGGUGCUGCAUCUACUGUCGCUAAGGCAGACAGAAACACUUAUAUAAUUAAUGGCACCAAAUCGUGGAUAACGAAUGCAUACGAAGCCAAAGCAAUAGUUCUCUUCGCGACGACCGACAAGUCUAAAAAACACAAAGGUAUAAGCGCUUUCAUAGUCGAUAAACCGACAACCGGUUUGAGUUUGGGCAAAAAGGAGGACAAAAUGGGUAUACGAGGAAGUAGUACUUGUUCCUUGAUCUUUGAAGACUGUCAAGUAUCAAGAGAUAACAUCUUAGGCGAACCAGGAAUGGGCUUUAAAAUCGCGAUGAUGACUUUAGACAGUGGCAGAAUAGGAAUUGCCGGACAAGCUUUGGGCAUAGCUCAGGCAUCCCUGGAUUGCGCGAUAGAUUACGCAGCGAAACGCCAAGCCUUUGGUCAGCCUAUCAUGAAACUGCAGGCGAUUCAACAAAAAAUUGCCGACAUGGCUCUGAAACUGGAAAGCUCGAGGUUAUUGACAUGGCGAGCGGCGCAACUCAAGGAUAACGGCAAGUCGUAUACAAAGGAAGCCGCUAUGGCAAAACUUUCCGCAUCAGAAACCGCCACAUUCUGCGCUCAUCAAUGCAUACAGAUUUUGGGAGGGAUGGGAUACGUAUCAGACAUGUCAGCGGAACGUCAUUACAGAGAUGCACGUAUCACGGAGAUCUACGAGGGCACGUCGGAGAUCCAGAGACUCGUGAUCGCCGGAAAUCUUAUCAAAGAGUAUGGUCUCUGAAUCGAGAUCGCAUGACUCGUACAUAUACGUAAGAUAAUCCUCCUUUUUGGUAUUUUUUUUUCUUUUUAUACUCAAAUCUCAAAAUAUAUAUAUUUUGAAUGUACUGUAUUUAUAUUAAAUUGUAUAUAUAUUCAAUUAUAUAUAUAUAUAUAUAUAUAUUUUUUUUUAUAUAUGAAGAAAUAUUGAAAUAAAUUUCAGAUACUAUGCCUUCUAAUUUUAUUAACUUUUGACUAAAUAUACGUGACUGGAUCGAGAGCAUACGCACAUACGCGCACACACAUACACAUACACGUAUGUGUGCAAAAAAAAGGAAACACAUAUACAUGUGUGCAUAUAUACAUAUAUACACAUACACAUUGUUAGCCCUUUGGCAGCGAUACGGAAUUUUCUCUCCACGACUUUUCUCUACCCUGCUUGUCAUACAUCUCAGCAACAGCUAGAGUCUAUCUAUUUAAGUAACUGUAAUCGCAUAGGAUAACAGUCGUAGUAGUGUAAACCCGCGCACAAAUGUGAAACUCCUGUCUAUCGAAACGGGCGACGCAAUCGUGGAACAAAGAUUCGUUAAAGUUAUAGCAUGUUUAAACGACUGAUCUAUUUUUCCUUGUUGAGGAAAUAGCGAAUAAAUUUAUGUGUCCAGUUUUCUCUCUCUUUCUCGCGCGCGUGUAUAUCUAAUAUAUCGAAUACAAAUAUCUAUUAUGUGCAUCAUCGUGGCUACCACUGUUUGUAAGUGAAUACGAAGAUAAAGCUAUGUCUUAGACUAUGACUCUAUUUGCCUUCCAAAAUAAUACAGAGAAUACAUUUAUUUUGUGCAAAUGACAGUUAAAUUAUAUAUUUUAUUACUGUUUUUAAUCUUUAAUCACAUUUUUAAUUAGAGAUCCUAUCGCUAUGUGAGAACGCUGCUGUUACGAUUGCAUAUUUAUUUAACCCAUUAAAAGACGUUUACUCCCACAAAAAAAUACGCAAGUUUCAAGAUAUCUAGCAAUUCUGUUCUCGUGUCGACAGAAAUGCGCCAUUACAUAAACACUUAUCACUUGUCGCAUAUCUUUUUUCGAUAUAUUAAGAAAAAGAAAAUUGCGAAUCUAAGCAUAAUUGUGUCGCUUGUAAUGAGUUUACGAGCAGCGUUCCAGAAUACUUCGUCGGUUGUACUCGGAGAUCCAUUGGAAUGCAAAGAAACAUUACAUAUAAUGCCAUUUGAAUUCGAAUUUCAUUGCCAUGUUUUUUUUUUCUUUCUUUUUAUAUACAAUAACGCACCCUUUCAUGCUGUUCACCCGUUGUCACCAAUAUUGAAAUAGCCUAAAACUGCUUCUCUACAUAUGUGUGUAUAUGUAUAU